AGCAGGACCUCCGAACAGUGAGCGAGGAGUGAACAGAGGGUGACCCGGGUUGUUGUUUCACGUUGUCUGACUCGUUUUUAUCACUUUCUGGUUUUAAACCGUUUGUAUAUUUUUUCUGUUCGCUUCCCCUGGACCGAGAAAAUUCCAAAACCCGCGCUGACAGAAACAAACAUGGAGAUAGAGAAGGAAGUAAAGAAGAUGACACUCGGACACGAGUUUGGUGCUGGAGCAGCCUGUUUGAAAUGUAAAGACAAGUGUGAAGGCUUCGAGCUGCACUUCUGGAGAAAAAUCUGCAGAAACUGUAAAUGUGGCCUCACAGAGCACAAUGUGCAGAUGAACUCAGAGGAGAACAAGAAGGUGGGGAAACUGUUUGAGGACACAAAGUACACCGGCCUCAUCGCUAAGCUGAAGAAGGAUGGCAUCCCCAGCUACAAGGGCAACAUGGUGACCAUCACUCUGCCCAGUGCCUCCACCGCCUACGUUGUACCACCGAGUGCUUCUUCUUCCACCAUUGUGCCUCCCUCUGCAGCUGCAGGAUCUGUACAGCCUGCAGGAGCUGCUUCUGCUGCAGGUUCUGCACCCAGUGGUGCUCAGGCUUCUGCUCCGGGUUAUGCUCCAGGUCAGGUUCCGGGUCAGGCUCCGAGUCAGGUUCCGGGUCAGGCUCCGGGUCAGGCUUCGGGUCAAGUUCUGGGUCAAGUUCCGGGUCAGGCUCCAGGCCGGGCUCCAGGUCAGCCUGUACCAGUUGGCGUCACACCCGUCAAAGCUGACAAAGUGCCAGUUUCUGUCAGUGCCACAUCAGCCAGUUCAGUCCCAGUCCCCAAAGAUGUGCCCAUGGUGUCUGUCACCUACGAGUGGGCUCCUCCUGUGGCCAACAAGUAUAUUGCAGCGCGUUACAUCGAGCUGCUCCCACCGGAGAAACGUCCGGUGGUCGGGACGCAGGGAGCUGCUUACCGCAGGCAGCAGAUGGCCUGCCAGCUGCCUGAGCAUGACCAGGACCCGUCCAAGUGCCACGAGCUGAGCCCCGCUGAGGUCAAACAAAUGCAGCAGUACGUCCGCAAGUACAAGGACGAGGCCCUGGGGGUGGGAGACGUCAUGUUGCCCGAAGACAUGGCUCUAAUUCAGGCACGAGGGCAGGGUGGAGCUGGGGCUGGAGGGGUGGGAGUUGGACCUGGAGCUGGUGUUGGUGCUGGUGGUGUUGGAGCUGGAGGGGCUGGGGUCAGAAAAGGUGCAGGGCCUGGAGUAAGUGCUGGGCCUGGUGUGGGGUCUGUGGCUGGGGCAGGAGUUGGUGCUGGCUUUGAACCUGGAGCUGGUGGUAUCAGGAAUGGUGUUGGAGCUGGAGCUGGUGGUGUUGGAACUGGAACCUCUGCUGGUCUGGGGCCAGCAGGAGGGGCUGUUGGAACUGCUGCCACUGCCGGAGCCAUGGGGGUCCCUGGAGCUCAGCAAGCUGGACUUCUACAACAGUCCUUUUCGUGCCGUCACUGCCAGCAGCCGAUGGCUCGGGGUGAGCCGGCUGUGUACGCUGAGCGUGCCGGCUAUGACAAGCUGUGGCAUCCAGCGUGCUUCGUGUGCUGUACCUGCAAUGAGCUGCUGGUGGACAUGAUCUACUUCUGGAAGAAAGGCAAGCUGUACUGUGGACGCCACUACGGAGACAGCGAGAAGCCACGCUGUGGAGGCUGCGAUGAGCUGAUCUUCAGUAAUGAGUACACUCAGGCAGAGGGACAGAACUGGCAUCUGAAGCACUUCUGCUGUUUUGACUGUGAUUGCAUCCUGGCUGGAGAGACGUACGUCAUGGAGAAUGACAAGCCCAUCUGCAAACCGUGCUACAUGAAGAACUAUGCAGCGAUGUGCUCAUCCUGCCAGAAAGCGGUAGAGCCCGAGGACCAGAGGGUUUCCUACGGCGAGCACCACUGGCAUGCCGCCCCCGACUGCUUCAAAUGCUCCGGCUGCUCCAAAUGCCUGAUGGGCCAGCGCUUCAUGGCGGUGAAGGCCUUCCUCUUCUGCUCCGUGGAGUGCAAGAAGAAAAUCAUGACUUAGAGAGCCAAAACCUUGCCCUCUAUCUUCUCCACAACCACAUGUGAAACCGGGACGAGCCGAGCCUCGGCGUGAACCAGAGCAGGGAAACAAACACUGUUGCAGCUUCAUGAGGGCAGAGGUGAUAGACUGUGGUUGAGUUAGCAAAAAAGGGUGCCUGAUGUCUCUAAUAAUGAGACAGAUAAUAAAAAUAAUAAUAAUGAGCUUCUAUGUUUGAGCUUGUCCUCUGCCUUAAGAAGUACAUUUUUGCUUUUCUUGCACAGUGUGUUUUUUCUAAAUGAUGAGAUUCAUUUUGGGAUAAAGAUCCAGCUUUUAGCUUGUUUAAUGUGACUUCCUGUUAAACCCUUUAUGACUCUACUGUUUCUAAUAUACGCUCCUUCAAACACCUAACUACUGAUAUUUAAAUCCCCUUUAUAAUGAGCAAUAUAUCCAGUUUAAGUAUUUGAUGUCAUUACAGUGCACUAUUUCAGAUUAGGCUGAUAUUAAAUAAUCAUAAUAGUGAUUAUGCAGGAGUAUUUCUCUGAUUUAAGGGAUUCAACUUUCUCACUUGGCUUAAGUAUGACCCAACUGUAACUGUAGUAAUGUUUUUCAACCGUCAUCAGUAACUUCCUAUUUUGAUUUUACACAUUAUCAAAUCAGGUGAAAGGUCUUCCCUGUGCAGUAUUAUUGAUGAAAAAGCAUUGGCUUACAUUUAUCUAGUAAAUUGUUAACACUGUAUUGCAGUAAAGUCCAAGAACUACAAAUAUUGUUCUACUGUAUUCGAUCAAAUGUGUUUGUACUGCUGUCUCUUCGAUUGUUUGUCAUGGCCAUAUAAAUAUGAAUAAAGUAUUAGCAGGGAUUGUUACUAUUGAAAUAGUCAGCCCAAGAUACUGUGUACUUUUUUAAUGAUUACUUAAGAUCUGACAUGCCAGAGUAGAUCUUCAUUCAGGAAUAUUUUCUGAUCCUGAUGGAUGUAAAAUUGUAAAGAUAUACUAAUAUCAGGUUUUGCCUCAGUAAGCAGAAACCCUGGAAACUGCUAUGCACCAAACUGUUAUGUCUACUGUUGGUUAUUUUUCUUACUGUACUUCAAAUUUCAAGUAAUAAAUUGCACUUUAAAUGAUUGUUUUCCCAAUCAUUUUACUGUAGUUAACUCUUGUAGUAUUGAACAUAAGUUUCAUUAUAUAAAUCACUGUCCAGCUACUUUAAACUUUUAAAAUUCCAACUGUUAUAAAUCUGUAAAUAGCAUUUUUUUUCUAUUAAACUGUUGUA